CUUCUCUAAUUUGGCUCAAAUUUUUUUUUUCUUCCUCUUGCUUUAUUGCUAAUAAUUCCUGCGAUCAUCUUAGAUGUCGCAAGGCGUGAAUGCAAGAGGUCGACCAUUGCCUAAGUUUGGAGAAUGGGAAGCAAACAAUCCUUCAUCAGAUCAAGGUUUUACAAUGAUCUUUAAUAAAGCAAGAGAUCAAAAGAAGACCAAUGGAACUGUUGUUGGUAGUGUGGGAUUAGGAGUUCCACUUAACAUUAAUCAAAAUCAUGAUUAUCUUGUUAACAACCAUCAUAAUCAUGAUCAAAAUCCCAAGCAAGAACAUAAACAACCUCAUCAUGAACAAAGGGGAUCGAGAAAGUGGCUAGGUUGUUUCUAUCCUACCGGAAGUUAAAGCAACUUUAUUCUCAGUGAUCGUUUUGAGGUUUUGAUGUGUCUAUGGAGAUGACAAUUGUAAUUUGUAAACUAGUAAAUCAUUAUACAUUAACUCUUGUGUGGUAUUAGAGAUUUUCUUUUGAUAAGACGAACUUAAAACAAUAAGUUAUAUGUAAUUAAUUUGUAUUAUUAGAUUAUUUAACCCAUAUAU